AUGGUAUCGGAUAAUGCUACCAACUUUCGCUCUGCUUGCAAUUAUCUUCGUAACGUGUAUCAAAGCAUCAAUACCUCUGAACACAAUCGCCAGGUGGGUGAUUUUCUGGCUGAUAAAGGAGUUGAAUGGUAUUUCAUACCAGCUCGUUCACCACAUCACGGUGGACUGUGGGAGUCUGCAAUUAAGUCCGCAAAACAGAUACUCUCGAAGAAUGCGGGUAAGCAAGCUUUUACUUAUGAGGAAUUGGCAACCUUUCUUGCUCAGGUCACAGCUACAAUGAACUCCCGUCCGAUUACGCCAAUUUCGGAUAACAUACAUGAUCCACAGGCCCUAACGCCUGCCCACUUCUUGGAUGGAAAGGCCCUCACAACGGUUCCCGAGAUCAACAUGUUAGAACCUCAGAUCAGUUCAUUGUCUCGAUGGAAUUACAUUCAACGUUUGUCGCAGGAAUUCAGCGCCAGAUGA